AUGCGCCUUGCCCACCUUCUCGGCGUCACGCUGGCCGUGGCCUCCGCCGCCGUCUACGCCGAUGACGCGCCUCGCUGCUUCCCGGCGGACUUCAUGUUCGGCUCGGCCACGGCGUCGUAUCAAGUGGAAGGCGCGUGGAACGAAGGCGGCCGCACCAUGAGCAUCUGGGACGACUACUGCCGAACCCACGCCAAGAAGAAGGUGGCGUGCGCCAACGUGGCCGACGACUUCUACCACCGCUACCGAGACGACAUCAAGCUCAUGGUCGAGACGGGGCUGCAGUCCUCGCGCUUCUCCGUGUCGUGGUCGCGGGCCAUGAACUGGAACCCGGAGACCAAGCGCAUGCAGCCGAACCCGCAGGGCCUCGCGUUCUACCACGCGCUGGUGGACGAGCUCAACGCCAACAACAUCGUGCCGAUCCUGACGCUUUACCACUGGGACCUGCCGCUGGAGCUGCACACGGAGCUGUCACCUCAAGGCUGGCUGAACCCGGACAUCAUCAACCACUUCAUGGACUACGCCAUGCUCAUGUUCCACGAGCUGGGUGACAAGGUAGACUUCUGGACGACGUUCAACGAGCCGCUCACGUUCACAACCGCCGGUUACGCGAGUGGAGCUGGAGCCCCCGGGCUCAAGAAGUCCGAGACCUUCGCGUACAUCGUGGCGCACAACGUCAUCCGGUCGCACGCGGCUGUCGUCAAGGCCUUCCGGGACCUGAAGACGAGCUCUCCGUCCGUCAUCCACCAGAAGGCCCGCAUCAGCAUCACGCUCAACAGCGACGCGGCGUACCCGCUUGACCCAAAGAACCCCUUGGACGUAGCAGCAGCCGAGAGGAAAAUGCACUUCGAGCUCGGCUGGUUCCUCUCGCCCAUGAUCACGGGCGACUACCCUGCCGUCAUGCGCGAGCGCGUGGGCGAUCGCCUGCCGCGGUUCACGCUCGAGGAAACGGAGUUGGUCAAGGGAUCGUACGAUCUGCUAAUGCUAAAUCACUAUAGCUCAAAGCUGGUCACAGACUGUGGGGUGGGGCCUCACUCCAAGUCACCAUGCAAGAAGCUAGGCAAGGGCUGGGAGCGCGACUUGGGCGUGGACAUCUCGCACUCGAACGAGCUUCCGGGCUCGCGUCGCUCGAGCAAGGACCGUCACGGCAGACUCAACUGCGGCUGGUUCACGGCCUACCCUCCCGGAUACCUCGAGACGAUCAAGUGGCUGCACGCCGCGGACCCCACGGCCGACAUCUUGCUGACGGAAAACGGCUGGUGCGGCAACGAAGAAGUGGAGAACCUGGACCAGCUCUGGUACUACCAGGAGUACGUGGCGCAAGUGCACAAGGCGCUCGUGGAGCUCAAGAUCCCCAUCAUCGGCUACACGGCCUGGUCGUUCCUGGACAACUACGAGUGGGGCUCGUUCGAGCCGCGCUUCGGCCUCUACUACGUCAACUUCUCCACCAACACGGGCGCCCAGGACGAGGUCUACGAGCCGCAGCCGGCGGGGCUGGAGCGGAUCCCGCGCCCUGCCGCCAAGUGGUUCGGCCACGUCGCCAAGACCAGGUGCCUCGAUGGCUGGACGUACGAGGGCUCGACCAAGGAGGAGCAGCUCGCUGGGCUCGAGAGCGUCAGCGAGCAGAGCUUCUCGCGCUGGAUGAUGGGCGUCAUCGGCGUGCUGGCCAUCGUCGCCCUCACCGCCAUGGCCGCCGUGGGGCGCAACAUCAUGGUGCAGCUCUCGUCCCCCAACGCGCGUCGUCUUCCUCGCGAGACCGACCCGCUGCUGCAGGCCAACACCAUGAUCUAA